AAAAAAAUGAAAAACACGUUGUGGGUCACACAACCAACUUACCCAAUAAGCUUAGAUCCUCAAAACUAAAACUUACACAAGGAAAAAGACUCAUUUUCAACACAAUCAUAGGACAGCCACGUUCCUGAAGAGUUUGAGUUGAUAAAAGCUUUAAUAUGGAGAAUUUGAUUGAAUCCAGAUUGUACUUUUGCUUUAAUUGUAGAAACCAUGUUGCUCUUCAUGAUGAUAUCAUUUCAAAAACAUUUCAGGGAAGAAAUGGAAGAGCUUUUCUAUUUUCACAUGCAAUGAAUGUUACAAUAGGGCCAAAAGAAGACAAGGAACUGAUGACAGGUCUUCAUACAAUUGCUGAUGUCUUCUGUUGUGACUGUGAUCAGGUGCUUGGUUGGAAGUAUGAAAGAGCCUAUGAAGAAACUGAGAAAUACAAAGAAGGAAAAUACAUACUUGAAAAGUCUAAAAUUGUUAGAGAAAAUUUAUAGAAGAAGCAACUACACUACAACAUUAUAUAAUUUUUAUCAUUGAAUUUGGAUUCAAUUAUUGAUUUUGAUUUUUCAAUCUAAAAUCAAUGAUAAAAAUUAUGUAAUGAUGAUUUUAUAAUACUAGUAUUUCAUAGGCAUGGUAAUGGAAUAUUGGAAUAAGUGGAAGUGAUGUCGUGUUGGUUCUGGUUACGAUGAAUUUCCCAAAGAUAUUGAACAAUGAGCUCUCAUUUUAGCUCAUUUGAUAACCAUGAAUUUGCUGUCUUUGGGACCACUAGGGCCAAGAAAGAACCUUAUUUAUAAAUGCUGGUUUCUUUUGAGGGAAACAAGGUUGAUUGAUGUUUAAUUCCAUUUGUCAAUAAUAAUAUCAAUUAAGAUUUGGAA